ACGUGACCCGUACGUCUUGACGCUCAGACACCACUCCGCCACCAAGAUGGCCGCUGCCGCCCCUUCACCUGCGGGUCAUGUGCUGAGUUUUGUCUAGCCAGGGCAGCCCACACUCUAUGACCGCCGGGCGGACGACUGAACGCUCUUGUGCUAUCGCUCGCCUCGCCCGCGUCGUCUGGCCGAUGAGAUGGCGGCGGUGCGGGGACUCCGGGUGCUGGUGAAGUCUGGAGCGGGAGGUGUUAGCGAGCCGGAGCCUAUGGAGGUAGAAGAGGGUGAAGUGGAGGCCGCGCCGGACGGGACAUCCCCCCCGGAUGUGGUGUCGGAUAACAUUAGGAGAUAUGAAAAUAAAGCUGGGACCUUUAUCACUGGUAUCGAUGUGACUUCCAAGGAAGCCAUUGAGAAAAAAGAACAAAGAGCAAAGAGGUUUCAUUUCCGUGCAGAAGCCAGUGAUGAUCAGAGAAAUGUCGUGCUGGAUCGAGAAAUGAUGAGGAAAGCAAUGCCGGAGGUCCGUCUGGAAACCCUAUAUGUCACGGGUGUGGAUGACAUGAGCACAGAAGACAUAUUUUCUUUCUUUAAGCAGUAUCCACCAGGCUACAUCGAAUGGUUGGAUGACGCUUCCUGUAAUGUGGUCUGGCUCGAUGAAGUGACUGCAGCACGUGCACUGCUAAAUAUGAGCACUAUGCCAGUAGAUACGGACAGUAAAAAAGAUGACGAAAGCACCUCUACAAAAUCCAAAGCAGAUAGAUUUAAUGACAGUUCUGGAGAGGAGACCGAAGAAGGUGAAGUGGAUGAAGAAAAUCCUAGUGAUGCAGAGGAAGAUGCAGAGCCCAACAAAAAUACCAUAAAAAAUACCAUAAACACAAUGGAAACUCUGUCUGAGGCAGAACAAGAGUCUUUGAUGAGAAAUGAUCUUCGUCCCGGUGUAAAAUUGUUCAAAAAAAACAUGUUGCAAAUGAGAUUUGCUACCAAAGAUGACAAGAAAGAACUUGGAGCAGCACGGAGAAGUCGGUACUACAUGAAGUACGGAAAUCCAAACUAUGGCGGCAUGAAAGGAAUCCUUAGCAACUCCUGGAAGAGACGGUACAAUUCUUCUCGCCGUGUCCAGCGAGAUGUCACGAAGAAAAGGACAAUUAUUGGAGACGAUGCUCCCGCGUACCAACACCUUCAUUCAGGCCUGGUGAAUGUUCCAGAGGAGCCAAUAGAAGAGGAGGAGGAGGAAGAGGAUAUGGACGAGGAUGACCGCGUAGUGGUGGAAUAUAGAGAUGAACUGCAAGCCUUUAAAAGAGAGAGAGAAGGGGCACGGCGCUCUGCAGCCAGCGCUUCAGACUCUGAUGAAAUGGACUAUGACUUAGAGCUGAAAAUGAUCUCUACACCCUCUCCGAAGAAAAGCAUGAAGAUGACUAUGUAUGCUGAUGAAGUGGAGUCACAGCUGAAGACCAUAAGGAACUCAAUGAGAUCUGACUCUGGAAGCAAUGUGAAAAACCGUAUCGGUGGUAAAUCCCAUUCUGAGAAGCCUGCGGACAUCCGACUGUUACUGGAGGAGAAGAGGCAGAGUACAUCGAGCAGACCGACCGCAACUGGAACAAAAUCUGAUGUGCGGCAGAGGCUUGGAAAGAGACCGCAUUCCCCGGAAAUCAGAAAAGUGUCCACCCACAUUCCUACACCUCGCAGAGAACCAGUAUCUGACGUGCACAGUCGGCUUGGUUUGCCAAAACAAAUGGAAGGAAAAGGUCUUUAUUCUGACAGCAAGGAGAAGAAAACAGGAAGCCUAUGGAAUCGUUUGGGAACAGCACCAAAAGAAAAGGAGCGAGCAGAAGAGAAGGAAGAAAAGGCCAGUGUGGCACCAGAAGAGGAAGACACUGUACUGCAGCAGGCCUGGGGAGCUUUAAUAAAGGAGAAGGAACAGAUCCGACAGAAGAAGAGCCGUCUGGACAACCUCCCUUCCUUACAGAUUGAAAUCAGCCGGGAGAGCAGUUCCGGCUCGGACACGGACUCCUGAUGAGAGAUUAACAAAUUUUGGGACAAUGGCUUCCAGUAGCAUGGCAGCAACUUGACAAUGUGCCGCCCCUGCCUUUCACACAGUAAUUGUUUUAUAUCGACGUUGAGACACCAUUAGUGGCCGCAGUGAUCUCAGCAAGCCUCUCAGAAAUUCAUGUGUUGGGUUACUGGGGAUUAAACAAAUGUAUUGGUUAUUAUGAAUGGUUUUUGUUUUGUUUUCAUUUUUGUAUCUUCUGUAACCUUACUGUGAAUUAGAAUCAAACAAAGGUGUGGUUUUUUUUUUUUAAAGGAUCUUUAUAUUAGCUUCUUUUUAAUCUUCAUGACAAACAUUGUAAACACAGUGCCUGCUCAGAACCUGUAGCCCUAGUUAUAUGAUUUCAGAUGGAGAGAUAUUGUGUUUUUAAAGAUGUGAAAAUAUCAUUUCCACUUCUCUAUUGAGUCAUUUGCCGUUUUGAAAA